AUGAUUGCUAGGGGUGUCAUGCUAGGCCCUGAUCAGCCUGUAAUUCUUCACCUGCUUGAUAUUGAACCUGCAGCUGAGGCCUUAAAUGGGGUGAAAAUGGAAUUGGUUGAUGCUGCCUUUCCUCUGCUCAAAGGAGUUAUAGCUACUACGGAUCCUAUUGAGGCUUGCAUGGGUGUCAACAUUGCUGUCAUGGUCGGUGGCUUUCCCCGGAAAGAAGGUAUGGAGAGGAAGGAUGUGAUGUCUAAAAAUGUGUCAAUCUACAAGGCUCAGGCUUCGGCCUUAGAGAAGCAUGCUGCUGAAGAUUGCAAGGUGCUAGUAAUCGCUAACCCGGCUAAUACCAACGCACUCAUCCUAAAAGAAUUCGCACCGUCAAUCCCAGAGAAAAACAUCACAUGUCUUACGCGACUUGAUCAUAACAGAGCAUUAGGCCAAAUCUCUGAGAGGCUAGAUGUACAAGUUAGUGAUGUGAAGAAUGUCAUCAUCUGGGGCAACCAUUCUUCAACUCAGUAUCCAGAUGUCAACCACGCAACUGUAAAAACCAGCAGUGGAGAGAAGCCUGUCAGAGAACUUGUUUCUGAUGAUCAAUGGUUAAAUACUGAGUUCAUCACCACCGUGCAGCAGCGUGGUGCAGCCAUUAUCAAAGCUCGAAAAUUAUCAAGUGCAUUGUCUGCUGCAAGCUCUGCUUGUGAUCACAUACGCGACUGGGUUCUUGGGACACCAAAGGGAACAUGGGUUUCCAUGGGGGUAUAUUCUGACGGAUCUUAUGGGAUUCAACCUGGCCUUAUAUACUCUUUCCCUGUUACCUGCGAGAAGGGCAAAUGGUCCAUUGUGCAGGGAAUCAAGAUUGACGAGUUGUCGAGGGCAAAGAUGGAUGCAACAGCAAAAGAGCUUAUGGAGGAGAAAUCUUUGGCCUAUUCGAUUCUGGUCACUGGGGCUCAGGAUUCUUCUCAGUACUGGGGCUACUGGCCCAGAUCAGCCUGUAAUUCUGCACUUGCUUGGUCGAUCUGCUGUGAGUCCUUGAAAGAGGUGGAAAUGGAACUGAUUGAUGCUGCCUUUCCGCUUCUCCAAGGUAUUCUUGCUACAACGGAUGUCAAUGAAGCUUGUAAAGGUGUCAUCAUUGCUGUUAUGGUAGGUGGUUUUCCCUGGAAGGAAGGAAUGGAAAGGAGAGAUGUAGUGCAUAGAAAUGUACCCCAUCUUCAAGUGGUUGCCAAUCCUGCAAACAUUAAUGCACUCAUCUUGAAAGAAUUUGCCCCUUCAAUGCCAGAUAAGAAUAUCACGAAUGCAGCAGUUCCAAAAAGCUUAAUCGAGCUUGAAAACGAUGCAGAGCAUCUUCUAUUAGCUCGAAAUCAGGUGGUUGAAAAUGAUAAGGAGAGGAAUGGAAAUAGGGAAGCAUUGACAGCAUUAAGGAAGAGGGCUAAGACUACUAAAACAAGCAUAAAGUCUCCAUUUGAGUGGAUAAUGAAGGAUACUGGAAGGUCAGGAUCAAGGGCUGCUCCUUUGGUGAAAGAAAUUUGUGGGAUUUGUGGUAAUCAUGACGAGAAGGAGAAAACUUGGAUGAUGUUUCCAGGAAGUGAUGUUUUUGCUUGCAUUCCAUUUCAUGCUGCUCACACUAUCUUGGAGAAAGAUCAAGAACUGCUUGAAUAUGAAGCAAAAAAACUGCAAAGCUAUGUUAAGGACAUGUCCCUUCUAAUUUCAGAAAAAGGUGUGCUUGCUGACAGGAUUAGCCCAGGUGUGCUUAGGUCCUUAGUAACCUUAACAGACAAACCGAAGUAA